AGAGGGGAGCCGGAUUCUUCCUCCUCCUCCUCCUCCUGGAUCUGGCAUUACCUUGAGGAGUCCGCUGCCUUCUUCUGGGGCUGCAUCCCGCCGUGUGGGUCUUCUCUCCCUCCCAGACGCCUGCUCCUCGACCCUCUCCUCCAGACCCCUUGCCAAGGCCAGGCAGGACAGGCGCUGCACCUCUGCCUGAGGCUGGCCUGCCCAGUGGAGUGGCGGCCUGCGACUUGCCUUCCUCCAUCCCUGGCACCGGAAAAGCCGCUUGCCCUGGGCAGGGGAGGACAGAGGGGGCUUUGCCAGCGCUGCUGAACUCCCCCCACCCAGGGUGUCCAAGAGACUUCUGCCAGCCACUGCGUGUGGUCCAGCGUUGUUCUUCUUAGAGGGGGAUCCGAAGGGCAGACAACUGGCCGGCUCGAAAAGGAGCCAUGAGAGCUUCUCCCUCUGAAGACAAGGGCUUUGCCGGGAAAGGGGCUUGUUAGGGUCACCUUGGUGGGGGCCCAGAGGAGCAGCAGCAGCAGCAGCAGCGAUGGACUUCCACACCCUCUCCGUGUGCUUCGUUUUGGCCCUGAAAUGGCCUUCAGCCACCUAUGGGGGCAAACUGCUGCCCCAUAUGCCAAACGUCUGCGCCGACCAAGAACUGGCCAUGGUGGGCCGGUGGUUGCCCCGGAUCCAAGGCUUCACCCGCCUGGUCCAAGUCUGGAAGCCCGGCUGUGGAGGGCAGCCCUGGUGUGUGGGCUAUGAGCGCAGGAUGUCGUAUUACGUGGAAAACAGGCAGAUGUACAGUAUGCGACAGCAGACCGUGUACCGGUGUUGUCCUGGAUGGUCUCAGCUUGGCGAAGAUGCAGGCUGCCUUUAUCCCACCUGCAAUUAUGGCGUGUGCUUCAACGGCGGGAACUGCCUGGAAGGAUCCCCCCAGGUCUGCCACUGCCCCGCCGGCUUCCAGGGGCCCUGCUGCCAGUAUGAUGUGAACGAGUGCGAAACUGGGAAUGCCGGCUGCGAGUUCCAGUGCUGUAACACCAUUGGGAGCUUCUACUGCAAGUGUCCGGAAGGGUCGAAACUGCGGGAGGAUGCGAGGACGUGCGAAGAUGCUGAUGAGUGCCAAGUUCACAACGGGGGCUGCCAGCACAGAUGUGUGAACACUCUGGGGUCCUAUUACUGUGAGUGCAAGCCAGGAUCUCGCCUUCAUACAGACGGCCGGACCUGUCUGGCCAUCAACACGUGUGCCAUCAACAACGGCGGGUGUGAACACGAUUGCGUUCAGCUCACUCUGUCGCAGCAUCAGUGCCAAUGCCGGCCCAAUUACCAGCUGAGGGGAGAUGGAAAGCAUUGCGUCCUGCGAAACCCGUGUGCCGAACGGAACGGAGGCUGCCUGCAGAAAUGCCAGAACCGCCGCGGGGUGGCCCACUGCGAGUGCCACCCUGGCUACCGACUGGCGGCGGAUAACAAAGCCUGCGAAGAUAUCAACGAGUGCGUGAUGGGGGUGGCCAUGUGUGCGCAUGGUUGCCUUAACACCCGCGGUUCCUUUAAAUGCACCUGCAACCUGGGCUACGAAUUGGGGGCUGACGGCAAGCAGUGUUACCGGAUAGAAAUGGAAAUUGUCAACAGCUGUGAAACCCACAAUGGAGGCUGUUCCCACCUUUGCCGCCACACCAGUUCUGGCCCCGUCUGCACCUGCAACUUGGGAUACCGACUGGAUUCAGAUCAGAAAACCUGCACUGAUGCAGACGAAUGUGAUGGCGGUUCUCACUGUUGCCAGCAGGACUGUUACAAUUACCCCGGGGGCUACGAGUGUGUGUGCUAUGCCGGCUACAGACUCGGCACCGACGGCUGCAGCUGCGACGAUGUGGACGAGUGCUCUUCCAAUAACGGCGGCUGUGAACACGCCUGCCAGAACCUGGUGGGGUCUUUCCAGUGCAGCUGCCAGGCGGGGUACAAACUCGACGAGGAUCGGCGGAGCUGCAGCCUGCUCGAUGAACCCGUGGAAGCUCUGGAUGGCCGGCCCCCCCUCAUCCGCCCCCUCCCACAUGUGGCAGUCCUGCGGGACGAACUCACCCAGCUCUUUGAGGAAGAGUAUGAUGAAGAAGAUGCGGAGGCAGAAGCAAGAGGCGAGCACACCCUGUCUGAGAAAUUCAUCUGCUUGGAUGACACCUUCGGCCACGACUGCACCCUGACCUGUGACGAUUGUCAGAACGGGGGCGUGUGCAACCCAGACCGGACGGGCUGCGACUGUCCAGAUGGCUGGAGCGGAAUUCUCUGCAACCAAACCUGUCCAGAAGGCGCCUUUGGGAGGAACUGCAGCUUUCUCUGCCUCUGUCAAAAUGGAGGCACCUGUGACCCAGUGACAGGAGCUUGUCGCUGUCCGCCUGGAGUCGGAGGAGAGCUUUGCGAGGACGGCUGCCCAAAAGGAUUUUUUGGGAAACAUUGCAGGAAGAAAUGUAACUGUGCCAACAGGGGGCGCUGCCACCGGAUUUAUGGAGCCUGCCUAUGCGACCCGGGCCUGUAUGGGCGAUACUGUCAUCUAGCUUGUCCAAAGUGGGCGUACGGUGCAGGCUGCUCCGAGGAGUGCCAGUGCGUGCAGCAGAACAGCCAGGAGUGUGACAAAAAGGACGGGGCGUGCCUGUGCAAACCUGGCUACCACGGCAAAAGGUGCCAAUCAAAAUGUGACCCGGGCCACUACGGGGCUAGCUGCAGGAAGAAGUGUGGAUGCCCUUCUGGGACACCUUGCGAUCACGUGACUGGAGAGUGUCGGACGGAGUGCGCCGUGGGCUACCAUGGAAAGAAUUGCAGCCAGGAAUGUCCUUCAGGGAAGUUUGGGGCGAACUGCCUGCAGCCCUGUUCCUGCAGCGAUUCGCCAUGCGACCGGUUUACCGGGCAGUGUCACUGCGUGGCCGGGAAGACGGGCGCGGAUUGCACCCGAGAUUGCCCUGAAGGUCACUGGGGACGUGGAUGCCAGGAAAUCUGCCCGGAGUGCAAAAACAACGCCCACUGUGACCCAACCACUGGAGCUUGCAUGUGCCCCCCAGGAUACACAGGCAGCCAGUGCCAAGAUGUGUGCCCUCCAGGAUGGUUUGGACAGGACUGCCAGGCGCCCUGCAACUGUGGCAACGACGGAUCCUGUCACCCGGGGACGGGGAAAUGCAGCUGUGCCCCGGGAUGGACCGGCUACCAUUGCCAACGAGCCUGCGGUGCUGGCCGCUGGGGUCCCGAUUGUGCCCACGCCUGCAACUGCAGCAGCAGCGACGGAAGCUGCAACGCCGUGACAGGGCAGUGUGUCUGUGAAGCCGGCUACACGGGGGCCCUUUGUGACCAGAAGUGCCCCGAGGGAUGGUUUGGUCCGAGCUGCCGGCACAGAUGCCAGUGUGACAACCGGGCGUCCUGCGACCACGUCAGCGGGGCCUGCACAUGCACCCCUGGCUGGAGGGGGACGUUUUGUGAGCGCCCCUGUCCAGACGGCUUCUACGGGACAGAAUGCCGAGGGACCUGCCAGUGCCUGAAUGGAGCCCGCUGUGAUCAUGUGAUUGGACGCUGCCUCUGUCCUGCUGGCUGGAUCGGCCCACACUGCAACCAGACAUGUGAAGCCCACCGCUAUGGGGAGAACUGCAGCCAAGAGUGCCACUGCGGCAACGGGGCCACCUGUGACCACGUCAAUGGACAGUGCCUCUGUGCACCUGGAUGGACGGGAGCGACCUGCCAGCAAGCGUGCCCCAGCGGCUUCUAUGGCACCAGCUGCCAGCAGCAGUGCCUCUGCCGAAACGGGGGGACGUGCGAUCCUGCGACUGGGCGCUGCACCUGCCCCGAAGGCUGGAUCGGAUUGGCCUGUGAGCUGGAGUGCGCCCAAGGAAAAUAUGGGAUUGCCUGCCAGGAGAGCUGCGGCUGCCAGAACGGAGGCCUGUGUGACGGGCAGGCUGGGCGUUGCCUUUGCCGCAGCGGCUGGACGGGCGAGAAGUGCCAGAGCCCUUGCCCCGAGGGGACGUACGGGGAGCGGUGUGAGGAGCAGUGUGACUGUGAGAACAGCGUCUCCUGCCAUCACGUCACAGGCGCCUGCAACUGCCCGCCCGGGUGGAGAGGCCAUCGCUGUGAGAAAGCCUGCCUGCCGGGUUCAUUCGGGAAGGACUGCGCCCGCGGCUGCCGUUGCGCUAGGGGCAUCUCCUGCAACCACAUCACCGGCGAGUGCGGCUGUCCGCCUGGAUUCGCGGGUCACGGCUGCGAGCAAGUCUGCCUACCGGGAACCUUUGGGCUGAACUGUGCCCGGAUUUGCCAGUGCUCGGGAGUGAACCAAGACUGCCACCCAGUGACUGGAGAGUGUAUCUGCAUGCCGGGUUACUAUGGUCCCCACUGCCGUCAGAGGUGUCCACCUGGGCGUUACGGCCCCAACUGCGAGAAGCAGUGUAAGUGCAAGAACGGAGGAAAGUGCACAAGUGCCACCGGGACGUGCCAGUGUCCAGCAGGCUACAUCGGGGCGGACUGCGGUACCAUUUGCCCAGCUGGCCGCUACGGCGUUGACUGUGCUCUGGCGUGUUCCUGUGGCGAAGGCGCCACCUGCCAUCCCGUGACGGGCGCCUGCCUGUGCCCAGCUGGAAGAACCGGCCAGAGCUGUGAGCAAGGUUGCCCGAGGAAUCGGUAUGGGGCCGGCUGUAAGCAGACAUGUGCCUGCCAGAACGGGGGGAUCUGCCUUGCAACCAACGGCACCUGUGUCUGCAGACUCGGUUGGACUGGAACAUUUUGCGAACUGGGGUGUCCGCCAGGGCGUUAUGGGGCCAACUGUCAGCUGAGCUGCGCCUGCCAGAAUAACGGGACCUGCGACCCAGUGACUGGAGCCUGCCGCUGCCAGAAGGGAAGCUACGGGAAUCAGUGUGAACACAGUUGUCCAGCUGGCUUUCAUGGAGUCGGCUGUCAAGAGCAGUGUGACUGCCAGAAUGUAGCCACUUGUGAUCCGGUGACGGGCGAAUGCCUCUGUCCUCCAGGUUUCUAUGGCAACCAGUGCCAGAAAGGCUGCGAGGAGGGGAUGUACGGGGACCAGUGCCGGCAUCGGUGCGACUGUGAAGGCGACGCUCGAUGCGAACCAGCCAGCGGACGCUGCCUCUGUCCUCCAGGGAGAACCGGAGCCAAGUGUGACGUGGACUGCCCACUGAAGAAAUAUGGCCCCGAUUGCGUGCUGACCUGUGAGUGCUCCGUGACCCAUGCAUACUGCAAUGCCCAGAAUGGACGGUGCGUUUGCCUCAAUGGAUACCUCGGGACAAUGUGUCGAGAAGGAGGCCCACCUCAGCUGCUACCCGACCCGAGGAGACAGACGGAGCAACUUGUCCCGUCUCGGACUUUCUACCGGGCUCCCUCCCGGGUGGUGCCCCCCUCUGCGAAGCACUAGUUCACGCAUUCAUCUCCUCCGAGGAAAACGUGAAAGGUCAACAAACUCUCCAGUGGCACAGAGCAGGACUGUUCUGCCAGCACGCCCACCUCUGCCCGCCCACCCCCAGACCCUCGAGAAGCCGUCAAGGGGAGUUCCGAGUCGGCGGGGUGCAGGGGUCUCCAAAAGGCACAUGUCCACCUCAAGACACGACUGCAGGGACGACGUUCCACCCUCAUCUACCGCCAGCCCGGAAGCGGUUCGCUCAGCAUAGGCCUUUGGGACCUUGGGAGGGCAGCUUGUAUGAUUGAUUCUCUUCUGAGCGGAAUCCUAAUAGUCCAAUUAUGUAUUUAUGUAAAGACAUUUAUGGGCAGAUGUUGGCUACUCCGACAGUCGCGGGGGUCUGAGUAGCUCCGUAGGGGAUCCCGGAGCCCAGCGGGUUUGUGAAGCAUUCUGGCCCUACAACUUGGAUCGGGGUGUGAAGGAGAUGCAAGUUUUUUUUUGGGGGGGGGAGCCAUUAAAAAAGGCCACGGUCCAGGAGGCAGUCUCCAUUUGGGGGGCCUCCAAGCCAAGGUGUCUGAAGCCAUAUGAGACAUUGACAGAUAUCGUUUCCGAAGAGGCGUGGCCCCCUUCGGCUCCUAAUCCUUUAUCUGACCUAAGAUGAGUAAUUUGCUCAGUACUAGAGAAGCCUGUAGGAAGUGUUUGGUGGUGGUGUGCAUACGCCGUAUUUACCCGAAUUGAAGGCACUCUGAAUCUAAAGCGCUGCCUUAAUGGAUAGAGGUUAAAUAACGUUAUGCCUGUCUUUACCCAAAAGAAAGGAGACUCUCAAUUCGAGACGACUAUAUUUAACAGGAAAGAACUUAGGGGGAAACCUCAUCCUGGAUUCGGGGAAAUACGGUAGUUGAAAUGAUCUGCAUCUUCGUUGAAAGAACGGGGUAGCUACUGACCCAUGGCCACCUAUCCCAAAGCUGUUUCCGCAGAACCAGCAUGGUGGUUUGUGUAAAUGGCCUUCUCUGAGCACGAAGGAGCUCUUCUGAACUCUACUUUCUUGGGAGCAAAGCAGCCAUAGGGCUAGGUUCGUAAGCGCUAAGUCCAUCGGGAUUGGGCAACGGAUUUCCACCCAACCCUGAUGCCGUCCGCCCAGUCAGAGAGAGGCUGCCAGAGGCAGGGCUUGUGAGGAGCCAAUCAGGUAAGCGUAUGCUAAUGUAAAACUGAUAUUCCCAUCAACUCGCUCGCAGGAUGUGGCUGUGCUUUGAACCAGAGCUAUAUAUUCUAAAGAAGAUCCGGGGUGUCAUUUGCAAACAAAAACUAUGUUUAUGAUCUAAAAAAUUAGGUCCCUAAUGUUAUAGUAUAUACAUCUUAAGUAGGGAUUCCGUACGUAUUCCUCAAAACACCUCGGAAAUGAAAAUAUGGAAUACAGAAUUACUGUACAAUAUUUGCCCGCUGUUUCUGAACUUUUAAACUGUUUUAAGGCGCUUUUUAAACAUUUGUUCUGUAGAGUCCUCUCCUGCUCCUCUUGCCUGUUCUUAGAUUGGUUACUUAGCGUCAGUGGCUGUAUUUAAUUUUAAGAGCUGCCAUCUGUUUGAGAUAGAGCAUUGACAGUGACGUUUUAACAUUGAAACCCGUUUGCUUGAGUUUGUAAGUCCUUUGAUUUAUCUUGAGCCCCUGGUGGCGCAGUGGUAAAACUGCCGCCCUGUAACCAGAAGGUUGCAAGUUCAAUCCUGACCAGGGGCUCAAGGUUGACUCAGCCUUCCAUCCUUCCGAGGUCGGUAAAAUGAGUACCCAGAAUGUUGGGGGGCAAUAUGCUAAAUCAUUGUAAACCGCUUAGAGAGCUUCCAGCUAUAGAGCGGUAUAUAAAUGUAAGUGCUAUUGCUAUUGCUAUCUUCAAGAGGUCUUAAAUCUUGUCAGGAUCAGUAAGAACAGUCCUCCAGGAUCAGGCCCAAGGCCUUUCUAGUCCAGCAUCUGUUUCACGCAGUGGCCCACCAGAUGCCCCUGAGAAGCCCACAGGCAAGAGGUAUGUGCAUGCCCUCUCUCCUGCUGUUGCUCCCUUGCAACUGGUAUAGAGAGGCAUCCUGCCUCCGAGGCUGGAGGUGGCCUAUAGCCACAAGACUAGUAGCCGUUGUUAGAUCUGUCCUCCAUGAAUUUGUCCAAGCCCCUUUUAAAGCCAUCCAAGCUGGUGGCCAUCUCCAGAUCCCACGUGGAUGGUAUCUGCAUAUAUCAUCACCAUUUUAUUGUCUCAGUCAAGGCCUUUUUGAUGGUUAUUUUAUUUGUUGUUUUAUAAGGUUUAAGGUUUUAAUUGUGUUUGAAACUGCCCAGAGAUUUUAUAUGGGGCAGUAUAUAAAUGUGAUAAAGAAAUACUGUAACUAAAAUAAUGUCAGUUUCUAUCAACCCUUGCCACAAUAACUUGCCGCUGAGGAUGGUGGGUUAUAGUUCAGCAAUAUAACAGACAAAUAUGGUUGCCUGCCACUGGGCGAAGCGAAAGUCUCUUUGGCAGUUCCAAACUGUAAUCCUCGUCGUGUUGGUCUUGUAGAUCCUUUGUUGUCUUAAGAACUAUAGGAUAAGCCAAAUGCGUUUCUACGCUUGAUCGUCGUCAGUGGCUUCCCAACUAUUACAAAAUCCAUAUACAAAAUUAUGAGAAGGACUCUAAAUGGGUCCCUCUGGAGGAGAGAAGGUUCAUGGAGAUUCUUAUGAUGUUUAGCGUAUUGGAUGGAAACUCAUUACUUAACAUCUCCUCAUGUGGGAGCUGGGAUUGAUUGAUUGGUUAUUUUAUUUUAUUUUAUUAGAUUUCUAUACCGCCCUUCCAAAAACGGCUCAGGGAGAAAUAAUUAAAUGAUGGAUCCCUGUCCCCAAAGGGCUUACACGGAGAAAUAAUUAAAUAAAUUAGAUGGAUCCCUGUCCCCAAAGGGCUCACAAGUGCCGUCAGGUCGGUGUCAACUCUUAGCGACCACAUAGAUAGAUGAUCUCCAGGAUGAUCUGUCUUCAGCUUGGCCUUCUUUCGUUGCUGUUAGUAUUACUGGAAAAUAAAUUACACGCCAGACCGCCAGGAGAGGGAUAGAGGGACCCUUCUCAUAAUUUUGUAUAUCAACAAACAAUUAGGAAGUCACUGAUUCAGACCAAGAGCUGGAACGCGUUUGGCUUUUCCUACGAGUCUUGAAAGAGCAACAGUUCUGCAGGACCAGUAAGAGUGAGUCUACUGGAGGUUCCAAAGACUGGAUCUUGGCCCGUAAUUCUGUAUUAUGUAUCUGUGAAUUAGACUAUCAGACUUUAUCUUUUGGUUUUUGAAGCUCUUUUGAAUUAUAUACUACAACAUUGUGUGGUCUUGUGGUUGCAAGCAGGCAUUGCCCCCCUUGGCUAAGCAGGGCCUACCCUGGUUUGCAUUUGGAUGGGAGACUACAUGUGUGAGCGCCGGAAGAUAUAACCCUCAAAUUCCCUCCCUGGCAGCAUCUCCAAGAUAAGGGCUGAGAGAGACUCCUGCCUGCAACCUUGGAGAAGCUGCUGCCAGUCAGUGAGUAAACAGUACUCAGCUAGAUGGACCAAAGGUCUGACUCAGAAUAGGGCAGCUUCCUAUUUUCCAAUCAAGGUUCCAAUAAUAAACAUAGGAUUUGGUUGCAGGGGGCGCAACUAGGGGAGUUGUGGUUCAACACCAGUGGGAGGGCCAAGCUCGACCAUCUUCCCUGUACUAAUCCCAGCCGCGGCAACCUCUGUGUCCUCCGAUGUGUCCCUGAUUCUCCAGUGUGCAUAGCAUAGCAGUUACCUAGUGUGAGAGGCAGGAGGUGAAACAGAGAAAGAGUCCAAAGAAAUAGUGGCUCUGUGUGAAUAGUGUUAUACAAAGAAUUUUUUUUAAAAAAUAAUAAUCAAUUUUGCAGAGUCUGUUGCAGGGCUGCUCAACUUCUGCCCUCCUGAAGAUGGUGGCCUAUAACUCCCACAAUCCCUGGCCCCUGUGGCUGGGGAUGAUGGGAGUUGUAGUCAACCACAUUUAGGAAUGCCCAUUACAGGGAACACCGAUGGAUUGGGACCAUAGCAUUGCGCUGUUUUGCUGCACCAUCCCCAGUGUUUCGGUAACAGACGAAUAACUUGCACACAACUUUCCAAAAUAUCUUGCCUUACUUGUAAGUUUCCUCCUUGCCAAAGGGAGUCACGAUGUUCCUUUUAAAAAAAAAAAUGUAUAAAGAGGUAUUUAUGUACAGUUUGAUAUUCUAUACUCUGAUGGCGUGCGCUGCAGACUUAAUGGAAUGGACCCGAGUUGUGUUUUUCAAAAUGAUAAUAAUAAAGGGGCUGUGUUCACAUUCGUAAA